GCCCAUCGAUCCUCUUCCUCCCUCUAUCUCUCUCUCUCCCGUUGCUUCUGCCAUAUCAUAUCGUGUUUGGCUUUGUGGAGUAGAAUGGGAAGUGCUGCUGAAGCGAUUCCGGGUCAUGUUUCCGAACCAACGAUUGAGAUAAAGAUAAAAACACUGGACUCUCAAACCUACACUUUGAAAGUGGACAAGCAGAUAUCGUGUUUGGCUUUGUGGAGUAGAAUGGGAAGUGCUGCUGAAGCGAUUCCGGGUCAUGUUUCCGAACCAACGAUUGAGAUAAAGAUAAAAACACUGGACUCUCAAACCUACACUUUGAAAGUGGACAAGCAGAUGCCAGUUCCGGCUCUGAAAGAGCAAAUUGCCUCUGUUACCGGUGUCUUAUCUGAACAACAACGUCUUAUAUGCCGUGGAAGAGUUCUAAAGGAUGAUCAACUUCUCUCUGCCUAU